UUCUGUUUCGAAGGGAAAAAUCGUUAAAAGUCGUUCGUAAAAAUUCAUCGAAAUUACUGGAAGUCGUGUGAUAAUAGAUCAAGAGGAUGACGUAGUCUUGUUGACGUUCGAGAAAAGCCACGAGGGUGUCUCAGCAAAGUUUGCCGAAACGCGAAAACUUGGUGAAAAUUCGUUAAAACAAAAGGAGAGCCUAAACGAAGGGGACAAAGUGGCGGAAAGGCGAAACCGGUUGAAAGUUGGUAUAGGAACGGUGACAGUCGCGCUUGCAAUUGAGGUUAUCUCUCUCUCUCUCCCUUGAUACGACAUCUCGACGUCGAAUGACGUGAUCCACGAGUCCUGGUCGUGGCACUCGCGAAACACAGUCGAUCACGUAUCACGCGAAGCCGCAUCAUGCCGCAGGAGAACGAGAUCGAUGGUCGAACCUUGAGGAACGACCGUAGGGAGAUUCUGAACGAGGAGGAGGAGGACACCCUUGGAAACGGCGAGGCCGAUGCUAGAAAACGCCUGGAGGACGCAAACGGAAUGCCUGAACUGAAGGACGAAGAGGUCCAGGUGAACGAUGAGGAAGUGUGCUUGGAUCUUGGAGAACCCUCACCGGAAGUGAUGGAGUACGCGAGGAGGGAGCUUGGAGAAACGGAAGACGCGAAGUGUAGGACUCUUCACGAAUUCAGGGAUAUGAUAUUUGAGAGGGGAGAAUGCCUUCCGCACAGGAUGGACAACGACUUCCUAAUUAGGUUCCUCAGGACGAGAAAUUUCAACGUGCACCGGGCGCAUCGAUUGAUCGUCAAUUACUACAACUUCAAAGAGGAACACCCAGAGAUCCACCAGGAUGUCAAUCCAGUGGAGAUGAAGCACAUUGGCGAGGAUGACGUGAUGACAGUGCCAGCGUACAGAACCCAGUGCGGCAGGAGGAUGAUGAUCUAUCGAUUAGGCAACUGGGAUCCUAGAAAGUACUCUGUGGAGGAGAUCUUCAAGGCUACUGUGAUCAUCUUGGAGCUUGGAGUUUUGGAGCCCAGGGCUCAGAUCCUCGGUGGCGUUGCCAUUUUCGACUUAGAGGGAAUCACUAUGGGACACGCGUGGACCAUCACUCCUCAGGUGGCAAGCAUGGUGAUGGCUCUCAUGGUGUCGGCGUUUCCCAUGAAGACUCACGCUAUACACAUUUUACAUCAAUCUUGGGUGUUCGACGUGAUAUUCUCGGUGUUCAAGCCGCUGUUGGACGUCAGAAUGCAGAAUAAAAUAUUCUUCCACGGUAGCAACAUGGAAAGCCUCCACAAGCACAUCUCGCCGUCCCAUUUGCCGAAGAAAUAUGGCGGCACCAGGGAGGAAUUGGCUUACUACAAGUGGAUCGACAGUCUCAGCAAAGUGCCGCAAAUCGUGAAGGAGAUGAAUAUGGUUGGCUACAUAGUCCCAGAGGAGAUACAGAAGCUGGUGCAGGAAGCGGCGGAAGACUGAUGUCUUUCGGCGAACUACACAGGUUGAGUCUGCGGACUCUUACCUCUCUUUCACUUACGAAUACUAAUUUUGCAUACUUGAUUAUUAAUUACACACGCAUAUACAUAUAUAUUACUCGUUUCAUGGUGCAAAUUAUAUACAGGCACGUCGAUUUUUCAC